AAUGAUGAAAAUUAACAAAAUAUAUUUUAUAACUCGUUCUAACUGUUAAGCCAAACAACUACUUUUGCAAAAUACAUAUCAAUUUGUAACCUUUACGAUAUCAAAACAAAUUGAAUGACUGCAACAAUAAUACGUAACUCGGCGCGCACAUAAUUGCAAGUCUUCUGUUACCAUACAACUUUAGAUUUUCACCUCACUUUGUAUUGUUAUGUCCAGUUUUAUUGUUCAAUAUUCAAUUAAAAACUUGUUAUUAGCUUGUUUCUAAAAGUAAUCAACUUUGUAUUCUAUUAUUUCAUAUUUGCGAGUGAAUCUUGCUGAAAUUGAGACCGGCGUGGACACAGGACAGAUCUAAGAUUGUAUUUGGAGUGGGGUGAAAACUGACUCGAUUUGUUAUGGAGUGCCGGUAGACAGGUUAAGUAUUUUUCAUCUCCUAAUACAUCAUGGCUCGUGGGCCAAAGAAGCACUUGAAGCGUCUUAAUGCUCCCAAAGCAUGGACUUUGGAUAAAUUAGGGGGUGUCUAUGCCCCUCGCCCGUCCACUGGUCCUCAUAAACUCAGAGAGUGUUUACCUCUUGUAAUCUUUUUAAGAAAUCGUUUGAAGUAUGCCCUUACCAAUUGUGAGGUUACAAAGAUAGUAAUGCAGCGGUUAAUAAAAGUUGAUGGUAAAAUUAGAACUGACUCCAACUAUCCAGCUGGCUUCAUGGAUGUCAUCUCAAUUGAAAAGACAAAUGAGUUCUUCAGACUUAUCUAUGAUAUCAAGGGUCGAUUUACUAUCCAUCGCAUCACAGCUAUUGAAGCCAAGUACAAGCUUUGCAAAGUAAAACGAGUACAGACAGGCCCAAAAGGGAUUCCGUUUCUUGUUACACAUGAUGGUAGGACAAUCCGUUAUCCUGAUCCAGUCAUCAAAGUCAAUGACACUAUUCAAUUGGAAAUUGAAAGUGGAAAAAUUUUGGAUUUUAUUAAGUUUGAUAAUGGUAAUCUUUGUAUGAUCACGGGCGGGAGAAAUUUGGGCCGUGUUGGCACUGUUGUCAAUUGUGAAAGACAUCAGGGUUCAUUUGAUAUUGUACAUAUUAAAGAUGCUCAGGGACAUGUAUUUGCCACAAGAUUAAAUAAUGUAUUUAUCAUUGGUAAAGGAAUCAAACCCUAUGUCAGUUUGCCAAGAGGUAAUGGCAUCAAGUUAUCAAUCGCUGAAGAACGUGACAAGAGGCUAGCAGCUAAGGGUGUUUAAUUUGUUACAUAAAAAUUUAAUAAACCUAGUUUUUUCUUGCUUACUUUUGAAUACA